AUGGCAUCUAAACCACAUCACCUUUUGGAAGACGACGACAAUGUGGAUAUCGCGAAAAAUGGAGUAAUUAUAAGAUACGAUGAUAUGUUUGUGAAAGACCAAAGCACUUCGACAAAAACUAAGAAACGAGCUCAUAAGACCAUUGCGCCUAAAUUUGCAGCUUCUUCAUCUAACUUCUCAUCAAUUUCUUCAGCCGCUUUGCCUAUUGGCAAUAAAAAAUCUUUGGUAAAGGUCACAGCCAGACCAAAAACACGUUAUGUAAAUUUAGAGAAAUGUUUAACUUUUAAUAGAGUUCAAUAUAAUAGAUUCAGAGAAUUGGGAAACUUGGCUGUUUCAAGUUUUUUGAAUCCUGAGCUUAAUAUAGAUUCCCAAAAUCCAAAAACGCUCAAGAAUUGCAAAAAAAUGAUAUUCUCUUCCUAUCCAGCACUCUUUAAUAGCCGUGAUUCGUGGGUAGUAGAUGUAUUAGUGCAUUCGAUUUUAAUGAAUAAACGAAGGUAUUUACGACAAAGGCAACAGCAAAAAGAAAAGGCUGUAUUGUCAGGAAUAGAACAUGAAUUUGCAAAAAAUCAAAUUUUUUAUCCGGGGUUUAUUGAAGAAUCAAACUCAGGGGAUUCAGGGGAGGAGGAAACUGAGUCCGAGAAAGAAACAUCCGAGGACGACAAAAAAUCAAAGUCAUCAAUGACUGAUUUAAGUGAAGAAGAAAAUGAAUAUUCAGGUGAUGAAGGGGAAUCAAAAACAGAAAAUGGAGAUAAAGAUAUUCUCGAGGAAAUGGAAGUUCAAAUUGUGAUAACUAAUGAGGAACACUUAGAGAAUAAAGAAACUGAUUGUGGGUAUGAAAUAGUGGUUUCAUUACCAGCAACGGAUGAAGAAGAUGAAACUGAUGAAAUUGAAAAUGAUCCUGCAAAGAGAUUACGAGUAGAAAUUUAA